UGGUUGUUGGCCCUCCUCACUGGGGGGGCCCCCUGUGUUCUUCAUCACACACUCUUGUUUUCCUCUGCAGGCUAGAACAUCGAGUGAAGCAUGGGUGACUGGAGCUUUCUAGGGCGGCUGCUGGAGAAUGCUCAAGAACACUCCACUGUGAUUGGAAAGGUUUGGCUGACCGUCCUCUUCAUCUUCCGCAUCUUGGUGCUGGGCGCAGCGGCCGAGGAGGUUUGGGGCGACGAGCAGUCCGACUUCACUUGUAACACGCAGCAGCCCGGUUGCGAGAACGUCUGCUACGACGAGGCCUUCCCCAUCUCCCACAUCCGCUUCUGGGUGCUGCAGAUCAUCUUUGUCUCCACGCCCACCCUCAUCUACCUGGGCCAUGUGCUGCACAUCGUCCGCAUGGAGGAGAAGAGGAGGGAGAGGGAGGAGGACCUCCGGAAGGCCGCGCGGCACCAGGAGGACCACGACCCCCUCUAUCGCAACGGGGUCGGCAAUGGAGGAGGCGGGAAGAAGGAGAAGCCGCCAAUUCGCGAUGAGCACGGGAAGAUCCGCAUCCGCGGGGCGUUACUGAGGACCUACAUCUUCAACAUCAUCUUCAAGACUCUGUUUGAGGUGGGCUUCAUCCUGGGACAGUACUUCCUCUACGGCUUCCACCUGAGGCCGCUCUAUAAAUGUGGCCGCUGGCCCUGCCCCAAUACUGUGGACUGCUUCAUCUCCAGGCCCACCGAAAAGACCAUCUUCAUCAUCUUCAUGCUGGUGGUUGCCUGUGUCUCUCUGCUCCUCAACCUGCUGGAGAUCUACCACCUGGGCUGGAAGAAGGUCAAGCAGGGGGUCACCAACGAGUUCGCACCCGGCGGUGAGUCGCCGCUGCAGAGUGGGGACGAGCCAGGGGACACGGAGACGAUCCCCAAGCAGACCUCUCCGCCAGCGCUCGACUGUUUGCCGGCGUACGCCAGCGUGAAUGUGGUGAGGGUCGUGGCAGAAGAGGGAGGAGCCGCAGGGAUGUCCUUAAACACCGCCUCCGGGCCUGCCAGGCUCAAGGUGUACGGCACGGCGUACCACCCAGAUGACUUCCUGCUGGAGGCGCUGCCCACUUCUUUUUAUGGCGGGAAAGUGAGUGUCGGGAGCCACGAGCAGCUGAUGGAGGCGGCGGCGGAUGAGGACAACACGCCCCCUUAUAUGGUCCCCCAUGACGACUUCACCGUGGUCACCAGGGCGGAGAUGCAUCCGCCUCCUGCUUCCGCCGCGAGAGACGUCCUGAAGCCGAGUCGGUCCAGCCGAGCUCGCCCCGACGACCUGGCGGUGUAGCUAAAACACACA